AUGACCGCUAUCGAACCCCAGAACUGGAAGAAUAACGGAUGGGGUAGAUAUGACAAGCGCAAUUCUGCCCCCGUUGUGGAUAGCUUUGCACGACAACGCCACAGAAAGCCAAUCCACGAUCUCGACGGUAGCGCCAGUGAGAGCUACUGCAUCAACAUUUGGACGCCAGCCAAAGUCAAGUUUGCGGACAAGACCCAGUCGACAUUCACCAUUCACAACAGGCUUAUCGAUCAGAAAACCGUGCCGAACAGAGAAGUCCUGCAUUGGAUGCGAUCUGGCGAGAGGACUGGCAUCAUCGGAUUCACCUACAUAGCAAUGACCGAUGGGAGCGGGGUUAUCGAGAUGAUGAAGACGGAAUAUACAUCGGAUCUAUGUCCCGGCAGGCUGCCCAACGGUGCCUGUGCCACCUUUGCAACAACUCAUUCCUGGGCCAUGCAUGUUUUAUGGAGCAGAGGCUCAACCAUCCUCAGCAGCGUCCCCGCGGAUUUUAUGCUGAAUCUGACUCGCUUCAUUGCCGAGAGAGAUGGUCGCUGUCUCGCAGUCUCAGAAUCAAGUGCUGGUUGGACUACUGGGCAACAGCUUGGGAAGACUGACUUUGACCAUGCCGGCAACGCCAACUUUGUGACGGCAGACUUCGACCUCGAGCUCGAAGCGGAACAAGAUGCAUCGGUGCUCGUGGGCGACGUGAUGGGCUGGGGCCACGAUCAAGUCGUGGUUGUGAAGCCGACACUCGACGACAGGACCAUCGUAGCCACUUACGGACAGAAGAUUGGAAGCCCUGACAUCUUAUGUGUGGGGCUACACCAAUGCGACAUGGCUUUGGCCAGUGACUUCGUAGGCCCUUUGCUUGCUGCGCUCGCCCCGUCGCAUCCCGGGUCACUCAAGCCGACGAGCCAGGGCCAGGGCCUGCUCCAGAUUUCGCGCCGUAAGAACGGAAAGCGGCAUCUCAUUUCCUUCCAUACGCACGCGGCCAGCGUAGACGUGUGUGACCCUCUUUGCAAUUGUGCCGGAUUUGAGGUCGAUGCGCUGGCGUCGCGCAGCCUGGAGCACUUUUUCAGCAUCAAAUGGAUGCCAGUACGAGUGCUUGAGUAA